AUGAACAAGACCUCAAAGUACGACCUGGCCAACGAGCGGCGCUACAACUACACCAAGUCCUUCUGGAGCAGAUCAAGCUCAGAUCUCCUCAUUAGCCAUGACUGUGUUCUCAGCUGGACUGUGCUAAUCAUCAUGCCUGAUGUAACGCGUCAGUCCCGCUCAAGUGCUCCGCUCGGGGAAUGGCCUCAGCGCUUCACCCUCAAACAGGAAAGCUAUCAGAAAGCUCAUUUGUGCACUGAGAUUGUGCUUGCUAGCGACGAGAGGUGGAAUGUGGACGAUCUGAAGGAAGUGGCUCUGAAGCUGAAGAACAAGAGCGCAGGCAAACUGAUCCAGGCGGUGGGUGUGGAGAGGAGCAGAAGUAUAGCUUGUCCCUGCUCCUGGGUCAUCAACAUCGUCAAGUUUUAUGAGGUCUACUGCGAGGUCGAGCCUAAGAGACAAGCCCUGAGCAAAGCCAAGGCAGAACUCGCCUCCGCGCAGGAGAAACUCUCCGGCAUCAAGGCAAAAAUCAAUAUAGGCGACAAGGAGUGCGAGUACAAGCCCAGUUUCCGUCUGACGCUUCACACCAAGCUGAUGGACCCUCACUCGCAGCCGGAGCUCCAGGCUCAGUGCGCCGUGGUCAGCUUGGAGACCGGACCUGAGGAACUGAUAAUUAGUCAUCAUGCUCUGACGAACAGAGCGGUCAAUCAUCUGAGCUCAAACCUUACAAAGCAGCAGAACGGCUCCAGAAUCACUUUGAAAACUCUGGAGGACAACCUGCUCUCACGGCUCUCCUCUGCGUCCAGAAACUUCCUUGGAGACAUCGAGUUGGUGGAGAACCUGGAGAUAACCAAACGAACGGCGGCCGAGAUCGAAGUCAAGGACACUCUGGAGAUGUGCGCCGGCGAGAACGAGUUCAAAAGCAUCCUCUUCGCCCUGUGCUAUACACGCGGUGGUGGCUGGAACAGGAGUCACCCGUUCAACAUUCUCUACAACUGUCUGGAGGCCAACAGCGAGGUGAAAGCAGUGUGUGAUGAGAUCCUGGAGAAGCUUCCGGAGGAGUUCAACAUGACAGAGAUCAUGGGAAAGGUGGAGGAGAGGAGGCUGUAUAUCGUCGUGGCAUUCCAGGAAUGCGAGCACAUGAAUAUCCUGACACAGAAGAUCAAACGCUCUCUAAAAGAGCUCAAUCUGGGCCUGAAGUCAGUUAUUGCUUUCUUGGCACACCUGCUGGAAUGA